CCCCUGGCUACCUCCCUACUUUAGCUCUGUGGUGCUGAAUGUAUUACUGACCCCAGCAGCGACGCAGUAAAGACUCUACGAGGUGGUGACAUCCAGGAUAAGGAGCUGACGAUCACCUGCUCACCUGCAAACCAAAGCAUGGCGUCCCACAUCCCGGCGCUCUCUCUCCCCGACGUUCCCAGGACUGACAGCGUCUUCUCUGUCCUGUCUGGCUUCCACUCUCUGGAAUCUGGAGUCCCCGGGCUCUCCAAGGUCAUACUCGACAAGCUCAACAUGAAGGACUACGGAGAAUACAGGGCCGCCGUCGAGGGAAAGGUGAAAGGAAUCCCGUUCCGCAACUACAAAGAGAUGUUCAAGAAGAUGGAGGAGACCUUUGAGUUCUGCACCGGCUGCAACAAACUGCCCGUGCACCUCACCGAGGGUCAGACACUGAAACGCUGCGCGAAGUGCUUGAAUGUGUACUACUGCACAAAAGAGUGUCAGCGAAAUGACUGGCCUCAGCAUAAAAAGGUCUGCAAGAAGCUGCGCCUGGUGGCCAUUGACAGACUUGUGGAGUGGCUGAUGUUCACUGGAGACCUCCCAUUCCCCACGGAGAAGUGGUCCAAGUUAGCUGCUGAGGUGAAGAACUGGGACGACUGGCUUCCCAUGCAGCGGGACCUCACGCCACGUCUGGACGGCAUCUUGUCUGGUGCCAACAUGGCGACCCUUUGGAAGAACGCCAGCAGGCCGAGGCCAGAUGACUCGGACCUGCAACGGUCUUUGUGGCGGAUUCAGAGCGAGUUCCUCUCUCGAGUUCUCACAGUCGGGAUGGCCAUACAGCACUUUGGCCUUGACCCGUACGCUAAAGCGUUCACUGUCCACAUAGCAGGAGCCUCUCACAAUGAGACCAUGGGAGCCAGACUGACGGACUACGACGAGCUGAACAAAAUGUUCCCCGGACACCAGGGCGUAGAGAUAGUCAUGGUGGGACCGGAGGUGGUGGACGGGCCCAUCGUGAGGCCUCCUCUCAGGGCGUUUGGCCCCAGGCAGAGGGUCUUCAUCAGCGCCUACAGGGGCCUCUACCACCAGUUCUGGGAGGAGCUGGUGGAGAAAGAGGAAGCCGCCAAGCCAGACCUGGUGGUUGGAUUUCAUCCUGGGUUCCACGCUAGUCAGGGUCUGAUCGAAGGUUGGCUGCCCACCCUUCUGCUGCUCAGAGAUUUUAACAUCCCCUCCUGCUUCACUUUGUACAGUGAGAUGGAGCUCGAGCGCUCACUGCAGAUCCUGUUGGAGUUGGAGGUGCACAUCAGGGACAGUGGGCCCAAUCCAUUCACCUCACAGAAACCAGAGCAGGUGCAGUCUUCCCCGAACAAAACCCCAGUUCACUGCAACUCUCACUACAUUCGUUUCCAGGGACUGCUGCCUCAAGAAGACCUAGAGGGGCCCGGGUUUGACAAUUAAGACGCCAUCAUGAGAAAAAUCAACGCCUGUUUGGGGUGCUACAAAUGCGUUUUUUUUGUGCUGUCUCUGAUAUGGAUGCUGAAUAUGGGGCGGAGAGCAUGAAAGUGAGAAAAACAAACGCACCUUCACUGCUGCAAUAGCGCAUUAUACACACUGAAAUAUUUCAUUAAUGAGACGGAUUACAGACAUCAUAUGUAUGGCACCUGAAGGCCCCAGCGGGGUGCAAAGGUUUGCACUCGUGUUCGUGCCCAGAGGUAACAUUCUAGUUGGAUAUUAAAGGGUCAUGUGUGUACAUAUGUCAUUGGACGGUUCCUUGUAAUUUGUUCGGCGGCUAGACGUAUUCCCAAAUCUCACAAUAGCUGCACAAAAUCACAUGCAUAAUAAUGUAACAUAUGAUCUAAAAUGACACCUAAAUAAAUGAUACCGUGCCGCAGUGCCUGAAUGUGGUUUAUGAGUGGCGAGUCUGCCUUCUGGAGUGUGUGUGUGUGAUCACCGGAGACAAAGUGCUGACUGAAGACUCUCCAGAAGCAAUCAUGCCUUUUCCCUUUUUUCCUUACAACAACAAAAAAGGGCACAAAAAAAAAAGCCAAGCAGUAUUUAUUUAAUAUAACCGUAACACCAUACAAUACAAUGCAAUCCAACAAACAGCAGGAGCCACAGGCUUAGAAAUCAGCACAAGAUAAGACAUUACUUUAUAGUCUGACACCGUCUCAACAUUGUACACUUCACAUAUCUCAGGCCUGUUAUAAGGGGUUGCAUUAUAUUGCAAGGAUAUGGACAAAUCACAGGAUUGUGCCUCUGGAGCAGCUUUAAAAAUGCCACUUCAUGACUACAAAAACUACUUUUGACCUCUUUUCUGUAAAGGUUUCAAAUAAUGGUUUGUGUACCCUCUUUCCUUGUUGGUACAUUGAUGUUCCUAUAUAUUUUUUAGUAGUCAUGUAAUAAAGCACAUUAGAUCAA